UCACUGUUCGAGUUGUCUCCCCUUAUCGCAUGGGGGCACAUAUUCAAGAUGGUGAAAAUUUCCCUCCAGAUCAGCGCACAGCUUGAAAAUGUCACAAACGUGAAAGCCGUUGAUGAGGAUUUCCGAUGGUAUUUGAAGCUUCGGUGUCAUAACUGUGGGGAAGAGACUCCAGACUUUAUCUACUGCACCUUGACUGAUAGCUCCCCUCUCACAGGAGGCCGGGGCUCAGCUAGUGUUGUCCUCAAGUGCAAGUUAUGCAAGAGAGAAAAUUCCAUAGACAUACUGAAAGAGACGCUGAGUUCAUACACAGUGGCUGAUGCUGGCAAGUUCAAGUCUGUUGUGACCUUCGACUGCCGGGGCGUGGAGCCAAUAGAUUUCUCACCUAGGGUUGGAUGGAGUGUUGAAGGGGAAGAAACUAGCACUGUGUUCUCAGACAUCAACCUGGGGGAGAAGGAGUGGUAUGACUAUGAUGAGAAGGGACAGACAUCAGUCAGCAUAACAGAGUUCCAGCAUAAGUUUGUUACAUCAAGGUGAAAUGUCUGUGUCACUUGUCAUGUAAAGCCCAGGACGUUCUGAAGAUAUGGAGGCUACCCUAAUGUCCCAGCCAUUUUGAAGUACUGUGUCACCAUGGGGAAGUCUGCUCACCACCCAACAAGGCUUCUAUUAAAAACAUGUUUGCUAUCAUGUACUUCCAUGGAAAUAUUUUGAACUUCAUCUCAAACAAGUAGCAUUUGUUUUUUUUGUGUUUUUAAAAUUUUUUUAUUCAGUCAUAUACACAGGAUACAUAUGCAAUCGAAAAACAGUACAGCUUCAUGUAUACAGGUACUUCUCAAAAGGAUGUGGUACAGAGGAGGCCUAAGGCAUAAUCCACAGCAUGGUACAGAUGAAGGCAUAUUUAUGUAUACAAUUGAGAAGAUGCGGUAUUUAUGGUACAUCAAAUUAUGUUGCAAGCAUCAAGUGAAUAAGUUAUUUUACAGUUUGAGUAAACAAAGCCCAUUUUCUAUUAAAGGCAGAGAAGUCGUUAUUUCUACGUGCAAUAUGAUAUUCAACAUCAUAGAUAGUUCUUAUUGUGUUCUUAAAAACAACAAAGUCAACAUUUUCAUUCUUAAUACACUGGACAAAGAUAAAUCUUUUAGCAGCUACAAUCAAAUGGUUAAUUAAUACAUCAGAGGUACCAAAGAGGAGCUCGUUGUCAGUUAUAAGGAUUUUUCUAUGCAAGAUAUGAGUCAAGUAAAUACCGAAAUCUGACCAGAAAUUCUUAAGAACAUGACAUUCGAUAUAAACAUGAAAACAUUUUCUUUGUGAGUAUGACCCAUAGAACACUCAUCGCUAUCAAUAAGUUUCAUUCUUAAUAACUCACGUUUAGUAAAUAUUACUUUAUGAAUAAAUCUAAACUGGAAAUCCCUGAGUUUUGUGUCCCUUAACCCAUGGCAAUAUACACUGAAUAUUUGUUUCCAUGGAAUAGAACAUCCUAGCUGAUUUUCCCAUUUUCCCAAGUAGCAUUUGUUCCUGGCCAAAUCUCUACAGCUAAUGAAUAUUUCUGCAGGAAACCAUUAUCUUUCCAGUCUAGCAUUUGCUAUUAUUGUUUGUUUUUGUUUGUUUUUGCAAACACAUUUACAGUAACAAUUUGUAAUACUAAUGUAUCCAAAAUAAUGAGUGGGCAGACCAAUGUUUUUUACCCAUGGAGAUCCGGGUUAGAAUAGGUCUUCAGUAACUCAUGCUUGCUGUAAGAGGCGACUAACAGGAUCGGGUGGUCAGGCUUGCUGACCGCUACACAUCCGCUACACAAAGACCAGAGGACAUCCGACCAAUGAAAUGACUAACAGGAUCGGGUGGUCAGGCUUGCUGACCGCUACACAUCCGCUACACAAAGACCAGAGGACAUCCGACCAAUGAAAUGACUAACAGGAUCGGGUGGUCAGGCUUGCUGACCGCUACACAUCCGCUACACAAAGACCAGAGGACAUCCGACCAAUGAAAUGACUAACAGGAUCGGGUGGUCAGGCUUGCUGACCGCUACACAUCCGCUACACAAAGACCAGAGGACAUCCGACCAAUGAAAUGACUAACAGGAUCGGGUGGUCAGGCUUGCUGACCGCUACACAUCCGCUACACAAAGACCAGAGGACAUCCGACCAAUGAAAUGACUAACAGGAUCGGGUGGUCAGGCUUGCUGACCGCUACACAUCCGCUACACAAAGACCAGAGGACAUCCGACCAAUGAAAUGACUAACAGGAUCGGGUGGUCAGGCUUGCUGACCGCUACACAUCCGCUACACAAAGACCAGAGGACAUCCGACCAAUGAAAUGACUAACAGGAUCGGGUGGUCAGGCUUGCUGACCGCUACACAUCCGCAACACAAAGACCAGAGGACAUCCGACCAAUGAAAUGACUAACAGGAUCGGGUGGUCAGGCUUGCUGACCGCUACACAUCCGCUACACAAAGACCAGAGGACAUCCGACCAAUGAAAUGACUAACAGGAUCGGGUGGUCAGGCUUGCUGACCGCUACACAUCCGCUACACAAAGACCAGAGGACAUCCGACCAAUGAAAUGACUAACAGGAAGUUGACAUGGGCCAGUCAGAAAACAGCUUUCUCAUGUUUUAUGGCACUAGUUUUAAAAGUUUUAAUUUCAUUCCAUACUGCGCUUUGAAAAAUAUUUUGACAAAGUUCUUGAUUAAACAUUUUAAAACUGGACAAAAGACAAUUCUAGAAUGUCUAAUAGAUGGCCGAGAUUGCAUGACAGUCCUUCACACUGUCUAUGGAAAGUCUCUUAGUUUCAAAUGUUUAUCCCAUUGAAGCAACGGAUGGAUAAUUAUUUUAAAGGAAUCAGUUCACAACCCAUAAUAGUCAUUCCAAAAUACCUUGUGUUAAUCUUUUCGAGGUUGCAUAAUUAGAAAACACAUUCUGACUGUCACUUUCUGGAUCGGUACGUUCUGAUUGGUUGGAUGACCGGUAAUGGGAUCUCCUCAUAUCUUUGUUCAGUGGUUGCCAGAACUAAUGUUAGAUUUUAAUGAGAUUGAUCAUAUUGUUAUUUUAGCAUUCUGUCAUUGAUAAUUGUGAAGGUUACAUACAAGCCCUGUACAAUAUGUAACAAAACGUACUGUAUCAGUAAUAAAUAAUUUUUUUAAUAUAUUUGAUAUGCAGUAAUUGCAAAUAUAUUCCAUGUCAUGGUGGGCAGGGUUGUAGUUUAUCAAUGGCAGUGUCUUGACCUUGAGAUUGCACAUGAAUAAAGUAGUCAUUUUCAAAAAGAA